AAUUUAUCAGAACAAUAUAUAGUGGAAAUAAUUAAUACUAAAGUAGCAUUAUCUCACUAAAACCUUUACAGGUAAAUGUAUCUUUCAUCAUCUGUAGCAUUAACUAACAUGCUAACCUUAUACUGGACAUGCAACAUAUACUGUUUCCUGCCUCCCUAUAGCUUCGUACCCUAAAUUUUCAUGCCUACCCAUACACAUUUUAUGAACAUUUUUUAUUGAGGGCUGUUAAAGAAGAGACAUUUUUGGUUAGGCACUAAGUCUUAGAACAUUUUUCUAUAAAGUCUAUGUAAAGUUAAAAAAAAUUAAUAUUUUAACUUCCUGCUUUUUACCAUAUAUUUUUCAGUAUGUAGGCAGAAAACAAUUAUUAUUAUUAUUUAUAAAAUUUUUAUUUUUUGGCCUAUGGCUACAAAUGUUUUUAACAGGUAAAAGAGAUGACAAGGUACUUUUAGUUUCAACAAAUUAUUUAUAUUACAUAAAGGUGAAUAUAUGAAAACAUAACUGAUGUCUGAAAGAAUCUGUCUACUCCAUAGAAAUACCCUUUUCGAUAAUUUUAGUACUCCCAACUUGAAUUUAAUAUACUUAUAUAGUAAACAAGGAUGAAUACAGCAAAAAGCAGAGAUUGUUGAAGGUCGUACAGUGACAUAUAGCUGUAAACUUCUAUGUCAUUUGGUCUCUGGUGGAGAGUUGUCUCAUUGCAUAGAAUCAUACCACAUCUUCUUAUUUUUAUAUGGACCACCAUUAAGAUAUAACACUGCCAUACAUCAGAGCAUUUUGUUCUAUAAAGUAUUAAUCAUACUAAUUUGGAAAGGCAUACUGAAUUCAGAAAUUAUUGUGAGUUUUUUUUAUAAAUACUACUAAUGUGACUGGACACAAUAAUUUCUGAAUUUACAGUAAUUUACAAGAAAAAUAAAUUUGGAAGAAUCUUUGUCACUCGAUCAGGAUGAACUUUCCUUUAUUUCAAUUCCGUGUUAAGUAUUUUUUUAAUUUUCUUCAAUUUUGCAUUGAUUCAUGUGAUUGAGACUUUUCAAACUUUGUGUUUAAGUAUUAUUAUGCAUAAAUUCUAGGUUUAAUGUAACAGAAUAUAUAUAUUACAAAAAUUUCAUUGCCAUAAUUAUGGUUAUAAUGUAUUUAAUUUAAUGUGAUCAAAAGGUUUGUCUAAGGAUCUUGUCAUACCUGAGGGGCUGACAUACAAAUGUGUUAGAUUAAAGAGAGGGUCAGGUCAGUUUGAGGUGAACUUUUGUAUUACUCUUUUGAGACUUUCCCCAUAAGUAUUUGUGUAUAUAUAAGUAUGCAAACAGUGUAGAAAUCUCAGUUACGUUUUUAUUAGUGUCUGGGAUGACCUCUUAAAAUAACAACACCUUACAAUAGCCCAAAUAGGUGCCGAUGUCUUCUUCAAUUAUAGUCCUAUUCAUUCUCUGUGACAUAUAACAAUAUAGCUUGUCUUGUCAGAUUUUAAAUUAGAGACACAGUGCGAUAAAAGUUUUUAAAUGUGAUCAAUACCAGAGUGGUUCGUAUUUCAGGUGAUCUAGGGUUUAUUCGGUGUUUUAUCUAGACUUGGUAUUAUGAACCGUUGGCAAAUAUAUUGUGUGUAGUGAAAACCAUAUUUCACAUUGUUUGUGGAUUAUAUAUGUGAACUUGACACUUAAAAUUUUUCACGAAUAAAACCAGUCCUGGAUUUCGCAGCUAAAUUUGAGUAUCUCUAUGACGAGGCGGCCAAAAUGGAGAAUUUGAGUUUUGAAGACUCAAAUAGUAAUGGGGUGCCCUCCAUGGCCAAUGUCUACCGUCCUAUGGAUAUAUCACCAGACAUGGGUUCACAGAAAUCAAGAAAGAACAAAGAAGACAAGUACUGUGGGGUGUGUGGAGAUAAAGCCCUUGGUUACAACUUUGACGCCAUAUCAUGUGAAUCUUGUAAAGCGUUCUUCAGAAGAAAUGCUCCUAAGGGUUUGGAUUAUUUUAAAUGUCCAUAUGAAGAGAAAUGUAAAAUGGAUGUGUCAAACAGACGAUUCUGUAAAAGAUGCCGAUUGAGAAAGUGCUUUGAGAUUGGUAUGAGAAAAGAGUACAUAUUAACAGAAGAAGAAAAAAUUAGAAAGAGACAAAGGAUUGAAGAGAAUAGGUACAAUCAGAAAUUAAAAAUGAGGGAUGAUACAUCACAGGUUAGCCCUCAGUCUGGGGUUGUCAGCUCUACGCAGUUUAAAAUGAGGUCACUGGAACCUGAAGAGGAAUAUCUGAUUGGUGAGGUUGUAUCUGCAUACAGACAGUCCCUGGAAGUAUGUAUGGAACCCCCAGUAAGGAAAGAUGGACCAUCAUUUGGCGAUCUAGUAAAUAUUGCAGAGCUCAGCGUACGUCGAGUAAUUGACAUGGCCAAGAAGAUAAAGUCAUUCAAGGCUCUGUCCCAGUUAGAUCAGAUCAGCUUACUUAAAGGUGGUAGUAUUGAAUUACUGAUCUUGCGCUCUGUUAUAACAUUUGAUAAGGAAAAACAGCAGUGGCUUGACCCACUGGAUAACUCAGAUCAUGCUAUGACCACAGAACAGAUGAGGUUAGCUGAAGGUCCCAACUUGUUUGAAGAACACAUGAAAUUCACAAAACAACUUGCCAUAGACUUGAAAGCAGAUGAAACAAUGCUAAUGCUUCUUCUUGUUAUUUCGUUAUUUUCACCCGAUCGGCCAAAUGUUACAGACAAGUCAUACAUUUCACAAGAACAGGAUAAAUAUGCUCUGUUACUGUUACGAUACCUAGAAUCUAGGUAUCCUCCUCAUUUUGUACGCAGUAUUUAUCCAAAGCUGCUGAUGAAAUUGACAGACAUUAGGAAUUUGAAUGAAGAGCACUCGCAUGUGCUUCUGAAAGUAAAUCCAGAAGUUAUACAGCCACUUAUGAAAGAAGUCUUAGAUCUUAACUUAAAUCCAAAUGAGUUGCCACAAAAAUCUUGAUAUGCCACAUUUUAGUCAAUGAAAUUGACAUUGUUCUCUAUGUGUUGCAUGAGUUACUCCUAUCUUGGAGAACUAAAAAUAUAUGUCGAGUGACAAGCUGCCACUCAAGUGAACACUAUUUGUCACUUGUAGUUAACUAACUGUUGUGUUGAUACAGAGAAGUGAUGAAAAAUGAGUAUAAAUUUUUAAAGUUGUAAUAAUAUCAGUUUUUUACGAGAAAUAUCGAGAAUUCAGGUAGUACAAGAUGAGAGGAAAAUUCAAAUUAUAACGAAGAGUAAUUGUUAAUUUAUAUACCGGUGCAUGUUAAUAAAAAUUUCGUAAAUUGAUGUUAAUUAGUUGAAUAAAUAUUUGAUUUAUUUAGGUGUUGAAAAUUGCAAAGGUAAAAAAGAUAAAAUACUGAAAAAAUAAAGAAAGAAAGACAUCAUAUCCAUAUGUUCAAAUUUUUUUUUGAUAGAAGUCAAUGCAGAUCAGUCCAGAUUCAAUUAUCUGUAAGUCACGUAAGUCCAUGGACAUAUGCAAUAUUUGAAAUCAAAACUUGUUAACAAAAAUCAAAUUUGAGGUCACAAGUAACUCAAGAAUAUUUUUGAAAAAAACAUGAAUUUCUCAAACUUCCAAGAUAUAAUUUCCUCAGAUAUUCUAGAAUUCCUUCUCUGAAAUGGUCUAGUUAAAGAAAGUUGGUGCCUUUCCUUUUUAAAUAAUUCAUCGAGCAAUACAUUGUGAUAGGGGAGCUAUUAAUAGCUUACUACAUUGUAUGAGCUGAUAUGUCUCUUUUCAUGGUCUUUGGUUCAGAUAUUAAUCCCAAGAUUUCUGUCAUGUCAGGUGACAUUAAAAUAUAUUUCUUUAUUUCAUUUUGUAGAUACACAAAUAUAUAUAUUGUAUAUAACUAUAUAUCAGAUUGUCAUUUUGUAGUAGGGCAGGGAAGAGGUCGCAAUGUGAUUGCUUUUGACAGGGGUGUGUCAGGGAGGUUGUAUUUAUUUCUGCAUCCAAGAGUGCAUAUCUUUUUUGAAGGAAUUUAAAUAAAUUGACAAAAAUAUAAUAUUGUGUCUUUGUGAAAUUGAGAAUAUUAUUGAUAUAAAUUCUUUGAGUGUUAUACAAAUAUUUUUAUUAACCAUUUGUUUUGCAGUCAUUUGUUUAUCUAAUGAUGUAAAUGGAUUUUAUAUCAAGAGUAUGUCAUAAGAGUGAAGCUUUUAACUUUCGAGAAAACUGAAAUUUCGCUUUCAUUUCUUUUAAAAGUUUCACAUCAGGAUGAAUAUUCGAUAAAAAUAAUUUUUUCUUUUUUUUAUCAGAAGAUUUUUCUCCUAUUUGGCUGUUGCAAUAAAAUUUGUGUCAGAUGUAUAAUUUAACACAUUUAGUUUUAUCUUUGUGAAAACGUCUAUUCUUUCUCAUCAAUGAGACAAUACUAAGAUUGAAAGAAGUUUGUAGCAGCCAUAUUGUUUUAUCUAUUUAUAACUUCCUAGUUUGAAUUUUAUUUUUAUUUUUUUUAAAUGUUAAAAGAUUUAAGAAUGACUGUAAAACAGAUAACUAUCUAUGACUAACUAUUUCGUGUAACUUUAGUGCUAUAUUUGUUUCUAUGUGAUUGUUUUUGUGAUAGUUAAGAUUUUUUAACACAAAAGAUGGAAUGUAGAAUUGAAUAGUAUGUGCAUACAUAUAGAGCAGAAAUACUGUAUUAUUGAUAUGUAUGCCAAAAUUUUGGCUACAUAGGUUCUUGGCCGUGUACUUGACCACAUUCUGUCUUGCCAAUGAUUUUGGAGAAGGGCAACUUGUAUGAACUCUGGCUUCAUGUAUGAGUGAUCUUUUACUGUAUUCAUUACUAAUUCACUUGCAUAUAAUGCAGAAGUUUGUAAAAAUAUUUUUCAACUUCACAAAAAGUUUUAUAGUAAAUUUAAAGUUGAAAGAAAAGGUUUUUCGAUCAUUGCCUUUUUAUACUUUUGAUUUUUGUUAAGAUACAUUGUUUCUAAUUUUUCUUACCUUAACAGUCUAAAAUGGUCUUGGUUACAAAUUAUAAGAUCACCAAUUAGAAAAUGUUAACUAGAAAUAUUUGAUUUUUGGGGCUAGAACUUUUGACCAGUUAUGAUUUUUAAACAAGCUUAUAUAUACAUAGAUGUCAAUUGUAGGAAGUUUGUACUGUUCCAUAAAAAAUAAUGUCAGUGCUAUGUGAUUUUGAAGUGCUAGAUUAUUAUUUUGUGUUAAGUAUUUUGUUAAUGUCUUUAAAAAAAGUGCAGCUUUUAAAUUGUAAUAUAUUCAGGUGGUAUGUAAUUUGAGAAGAACUAUAAUUUUCACCUGGAUCUCAAUAGUAUUUCAGAUUUUAGAAAGAAAGAAUUUAUUUUUAACUCUCUAUUUUUAUAAAUAGAAUUACUUUUUUUUUUUUCAUAUCUUUUACUGUCUAUAUUGUCAGUUUUAUUUCUUUAAACACAUUUUAACCAUGCAUAAAAACAGUCUCACUUAAAUUUAACUAAUAUCAAUGAAAUGUGUCUUAGCUCAUCAUGAAAACAAAUCAUAAUCUUUUAAUAUUGUUUUAAGGAUGCUUUAUCUUUCUCUAUAAUCUUGGAAAAUUUUGAGAAAAAAAAAUACAUUUGUUGAUAUUGUUUCUGUAAAAAUUGUUAAUGAUAUAAAAAUGUCUUUGGACUAACUGUUGUCAUAUGUACAUUGAUCACAUUGGUGUAAAUGUAAAGAUUUGAUUGGUCAGUAUUGAUUAUUGACAACUUUACCUCAAUUGUGAUUAGUCAGAAUAAACUCAAUUUUUUUGUUGGUAAACCAUCACACUCAUUAGUUUGAGUUUUGUUUUAAACCUUAAAAGAUCUUUAUGAAGUAGCAAGUUCUAUGCUACCUCUUUCUAAAACAGGUGUGAGGUGGGUCAAGAUUAAAAAUUGUAAAAUACACAUCAGAAAGACAUAAGGCUCCUUAAAUUGAUCUCAAGCCACUUUUGUCUUAUUGUGAUCAAGUCCUGUGCCAUAUAUAUUUGUUAUUAUGUUUUCUUUCGUUUGUUAAUGGAGUAAAUUUAGUCUCGCCCCAACUCUUAUAGAAAAAAACAUCUGAUGUUCUUUCUUUUUUUUUAUUAUCAUAAAAAUACAAAACAAAAAAGAUAAAGUUUUAGAAAUUGUCUAAAUGUGAGAAGAAAUGUUGCAAAUAUAGUUUGAAAGAGGGAUGGAUUUCUUACAUUAUGAUAAAUAUGGGUGGAAAUCCAAAUCUUUUUGGGAAUAUUACAUCUUUUAUUUAAUCACAAAAAAUAUUACUUUUAGCAUUUUCUGAAGAACAGGCUAAAGUAGGAGAGAUUUAGAUAUUUGUAGCAUUGCACUAUUGAAGUAGCAAAGUUUUGACAGAUCUUUUAAGGUUUAUAACAUUUACUAGUCAGCUUAGAUGUAUUAUAUUUCAGUUUACUGACUAGUUUUCAAGGGCAGAUAAUAAAUGGCUCGACGGUGGACUGGAUUCCAGUCUGGUUGCUAUAUAUGCGCGGUAGAUAUUUUUGCUAUGAGAUCCCAGAUCAUUUAUAUGUAGCCUGGUCAAUAAACAAUUUAUGUCCUGUUA